AGACGUUGUGCGGCGGUUAUCUGGCUGUAGGCGAGGAGAGCUAGAAACAGCCGCAGCUCCCCUUGCCGACGGGCUGAUGGGAGUGAAUGUCUGUGUGAGUGUGUGAGUGUGUGUGUGUGUGAGAGAGAGUCGAGGUCUGUGUGCAUGUAGAUGCCGCAUGGGCUGCAACCGGAGCUGCUGCUGGUGAAUAAUGCAGACAGGGGAACGGAGUUUGGAUAGCAUGCAGGGAGCCCGAUUAAUAAUGCAUCCUGCCGGGUUACGAGCUGUGCAUUAGUUAGUUUUUGCUGGAACCUGUAGCUGCCUACUGUCUGCCUGCCUGCUUCACUUACUGACUCCCUGCUUACCUUUCUGCCUGCUUGCCAUCCUUUCUACCUGACCGGCGGACUGUCUGACUUAGAAAAUGUCUCACUACCAUUUCAUCAAAUGCUGUUGUUUCCAGCUAUGUAAUGUCUUUCGUCAGAACAUGGAGAUAGACCAGUGUCUGCUGGAGUCUCUCCCCAUUGGCCAGCGCCAGCGGCUGGUCAGGAGGAUGCGCUGUGACCAAAUAAGGGCGUACUAUGAGAGGGAAAAGAGCCUUCAGCGCCAGCAAGGUGGAGUCAAGGUUCGAGCCCCGCCCGCACACCGCAAGAAGCAUCGCGUCCGCUUCGGCCUGGCUGAUGUCAUACAGGAUGCUAUCAUUCGCCAUGACGACAAAGAAGUGUUGCGUCUCCUGAAGGAGGGAGCAGACCCCAACACUCCAACUUCCUCUGGGGGAUCCUUGCUACACCUGUGCGCUCGCCAUGACAACGUGUUCGCGGCAGAACUUCUGAUUGAGCGAGGCCUGAACGUCAACCUGCAGGACGAAGACCUGUGGACGGCCCUGCAUGUAGCGUGUGUGUGUGACCAUGCGGAUGUGGUGCUGCUACUGUUGCUGGCCGGGGUGAAUGUUCUGCUGCAGGAUGUCAACGGAAACAUUCCUCUGGACUAUGCCUCCGAGGGAACUGAGACCAGCUAUAUCCUCCGAAAAUACCUAGAGGAAAAUGGUGUGGAUGUGUCAUCCAUGCAUGCCAUGAAGACACAGAGACCCAGCACCAUGCUGUCUGAUGUCAGACAGCUCGUAGCCACAGGGGGAAGCCUCAACCAGCCCAAUGAUGAUGGGGUCACUCUGCUCCACAUAGCGUGUGCCAGUGGUUACAGAGAGGUGGUGUCGGUGUUGUUAGCGAGUGGAGUGGACCCUCAUCCUGCUGACAACAACUUCUGGACCCCUCUCCACCUGGCUGCUAAAUAUGGACAGACAAGCAUCGUUAGCCAGCUCCUGAGGCACGGAGCAAACCCGACUCUGUUGAACUGCAACCAAGACAAGCCCUCAGACAUUUCCGCAUCAGAGCCCAUAGCUGAUAUGCUGCUGAGUGCAGAGGAGAGCUGGCUGCAGAGACUAAAGGACCCCUCCGCUCCUCUACCCUCCACUGACCAACGCUAUGAUGGCGGUUCACACGACCUCAACACUCCUGUCAAGAACUUGAACCCCCUGGGGCUCUCCAUCUCUAAGCGGGACAGUCUGCUGGAGAAGUGUGCCAUGUUCAGAGAGGCAGGUGGAGCACUGAGCCGACAGCCCUCACAGGAUAAUGGCCUAGAUGGCCCCUUUAGCUCCGGAGCCAGCAAACUGGAGCAGGUCAAACUGAUGCCUCCAGCUCCCAACGACGACCUGGCGUCCCUCAGCGAGCUGACAGACAGCAGCCUCCUCUACGAGAUGCAGAAGCGCUUCGGCAACGACCAAAUCUACACUUACAUCGGACACAUCCUCCUGCUAGUCAAUCCAAACAAAGAGCUGCCCAUCUACUCCACUUUGGUGAGUCAGUUGUACCUGAGCUCCACGGGUCGUCUGUGCUCCUCUCUGCCACCUCACAUCUUCUCCUCAGCAGAACGAGCUUACCACAUGAUGCUGCAGGAGAGACGCCCGCAGUGUUUCAUCCUGAGUGGUGAAAGUGGUUCUGGGAAGUCGGAGGCCUGUAAGCACAUAGUGAGACACCUGACAGCCCGCUCCAGCCCCAAAGGCUUUGUGCUGGAGCCCAGAAUGAAACACGUUAACUGUAUCCUGGAGGCCUUCGGUCAUGCGAAGACUCCCAGGAACAACAACUCAAGCCGCUUUAUUAAGCUGUUGACCAUCCAAUACUGUGACAAGAGGAGGACACUACUCAGAGCUCGAGUUUACGCCCACAUGCUGGAGAAGUCUCGCCUGGUCCACCUGCCUCCUCACCAACACAACUUCAACAUCUUCUAUCUGAUGGCGGAAGGCCAGUCGGCGGAGGAGAACAGCGCACUUUACCUCAACAAUGUCCUGGCUCAUAGGUAUCUAAGUGGGGGACUUCCAGGGGAGAAACCUCCAGUAGCUACAGCCUCUACCCAAAGCAGGGAACGCCUUGCAGCAGUCAAACAAGCCUUGCGAGCCCUGGGAUUCAACAAGCAGGAGGUUGACUCAGUGUUUGUGCUGCUAUCCGCUGUGCUCCAUAUUGGGGACCUACGUUUUACUGCAUUGACAGAUGCCGAUACAGCCUUCCCCUCUGACUUGCAGCUGCUGGAGAGAGUUGCUGGAUUGUUGCAGGUGUGCUCCAGUGACUUAAGCACCGCCCUCACCUCUGACGUCCAGUACUUCAAAGGUGACGUGAUCACUCGGCGCCACACAGUGGAGAUGUCAGAACAAUACAAAGACCAGCUCGCCAAGGCCAUCUACGGACGCCUCUUCAGCUAUCUGGUCAACAGCGCCAACGACUACCUACAGGGACAGGAUGACAGCAUAGGUGAUCCUGCCUUGGAAAUUGGGAUCUUAGACGUCUUUGGGUUUGAAGAAUUUCAGAGGAAUGGAUUUGAGCAGCUGUGCGUGAACAUGACCAACGAGCAGCUGAGGCAGUACGUCUCUGAGGUGCUAUUCCAGCAGGAGCAGGCUGAGUGUCUGCAGGAGGGCAUCGCCAUGGAGACCCCAUGCUCCCCCAGCAACCAGCCAGCUGUUUUGGACUUCUUUCUUCAGAGGCCUCAGGGACUGCUGUGUGUGUUAGAUGAGGAGAGCCAGAGCCUGCGGCCAUCAGAGCAGACCCUGUACAAGAGGCUGUCGACCCAGCUGGACUCCAAUCCAACUCACGGUCUCUCGCUCACGACGAAGGAUGGCAACGGAAAUCCCCCACCCAAAGACCAGGGACCAGCGUUCACUGUCAGCCACUAUGCUGGACAGAUUUCAUAUGACCUCACAGGAUCGCUCACAAGAAACAAGGACUCCCUCCCUCAGAAUCUCCUGUUUACGAUGAAGUCCAGCGAGAGUGUGUUACUCCAGCAGCUCUUCCAGUCCAAGCUGACUCAGACUGGUUCCCUGGUGCCAGCAGCCCAGAGCCGUGCUGGGUUAAGGGGGCCUAAAGCUGCCCUGUUGCUUCACAGGAUGCCAUCAGCCUUUUUUGUCACUGCCAACACUGUUCACCAACAGCCCCGGAGGUACCAUGACCUUACCAAGAUCUUGAAGAAGAAAGGCUCGAGCUCCUUCCUCCAACGACUAGAGCGCUGUGGGCCCAUCACAGUGGCUGUCCAGCUGAGGAACUCGCUGUCAGAAGUCAUCAGUAAGCUGCACGCUUGCACUCCUCACUUUGUGGAGUGUGUGCGCCCCAACGCCAGUGGUCAGCCAGACAGUUUUGACAGCUUCCAUGUGUCCACCCAGCUGCAGUACAUCGGGGUGCUUGAGAUGGUGCGCAUGAUCCGUUAUGGAUACCCUGUCCGCCUGUCCUUCCCAGGCUUCCUUAGCAGAUAUAAAGACCUUGUUGUCCCGACUUUGGGAGACAAGAAGAAACUGUCACCAGAAGAGAGAUGUCGCUCAGUUCUGCAGCAGUCCAAACUGCAGGGAUGGCAGAUGGGCAGCAGUAAAGUGUUUUUAAGAUACUGGCAGGCAGACCAGCUCAACGACCGAUGCUACCAGCUCCAUAAAAAGAUCAUCACCUGUCAGAAAGUGGUGCGCGGCUGGCUGGCCAGACAGCGCGUUCACCGCAGGCUGUCACUGCAGCAGAAAGAGGAGUGCAGCGUGCAGCGUUUUCUGCAGGGGGCAGAAGACAUGGGGCUGCGAACCUACGACCAGUUGGUCAUCCAGAACGCAUCCGACAUCGCACGAGAGAGCGACCGCCUGCGCUGCCAUGGCAACAGCCUUCUCAACACCCUCGGCAGCAGCCCACCGCUUGGUGAGAGGCCUGAGCCGGUUGGGAAGGAGGAGGAUCAGCCUGUCAGGAGGGUUGUGGAGAAAAGUGGGAAAGUCUAUGAGGGUUCUGUUAACGGGGGCAGUCGAGUUAUUCGCCACUUUCGGUCCAGCUCAGUACCCAUCCCCCUCGCCAUGGAGAACAUGGUCCAUUCCUCUGCCAGUCCAUCCAUCAAACCAGCCCUGCAGCAGGUGGCUCACACCAACGAGGACGUUGCAGGCGGGGGAGGCCUUUCCUCUCCUCGUAAGCAACCUCCUCCCAAACCAAAGAGGGACCCCAACACUCGUUUGAGUGCAUCUUAUGAAGCCGUUAGUGCGGGGUUGACGAUGGCAGUCAAAGAGAGCCCCACUCCAGAGGGGUACGGUUCGCCAGCUGGAAGCCCUCCUAAAUCCCAGCUGUCCCCCACAGACCCUGCAGCCUUGUCCAAGCCCCGUCCCCACAGUGACGACUACACAACCAUGAGGAAGGUGCCACCCCCCAAACCUAAACGCAGUCCGAACACUAAACUGACAGGCUCGUAUGAGGAAAUCAAUGCUGCAGCACCCCAAAUCCACCAGCUGCGUCCCGCUGAUGUAAAGCUGGCCUUGCUGUCCCGUGCUGGGGGAUUUGGAUUUGGUGGUUUGAUGCAGAGAGCAGCCUCUAUAGAUGCCCCACAUGGGGUCGGACUGAGCCUGUACCAGGGCCAAGACGAAGAGGACGUGUACAUAGAGAUGUUGGGCUCCCAGCCCCGGGCUCGGAGCCUCCAGGAGCCCCCUGAUAGCCCAGAGCUGGCUGACUCUGAGGCUGUCUAUGAGGAGAUGAAGUAUUUCCCUCAUGAAGAUGGUACGACUACUGCCACUGUGGUUAGCAAGGCAGCUAAACUGGAGGCUCUAGGCUUGGGCCUGGUGGGAUUAGUGGGGGUGGGGGUAUCUCCCCCUCAGAGCGGGGAGACCAAACGGAUGGCAGCCGGGGUGAGCACUACCGUAGACAUCAGUCACUCACAGAGCACGUCCAACAGCGGAGCUCCCAAGACUCAACAUGGCAAAGAUGGCAGCUGUGAGAUCCCUGCUCCCUUCCCCAACCUGCUUCCCCACCGUCCACCUCUCCUGGUGUUCCCCCCUUCCCCUGUCACCUGCUCUCCUGCCUCAGACGAGUCACCUCUCACCCCACUCGAGGUAAAGAAGCUGCCUGUGUUUGAGACAAACCUGAACUAUGCCACUGGCCCAGACAGCCCCCUCUCCCCACAGUAUGCUCGCCAGAGGGCUGAUUCCUCCCCCAGCCUCACCGUCCUCAUGCCAGAGAAGAAGUCCACACCUCCACUCACCCCUCCACCUCCACCUCCUCCCCCAAAUGCCCCACCUCCUCCCUACAGACCACCUUCACACUUUCCCUUCCCGCCUGAGGCUAACUUCCUGGCUCUGACCCGAGCGGCAUCUGUCACAGGGAGCUCAGACUCCCCCAAAACCUCAUCCACUCAGAGGCCAUCUGGGGAACCACUGGGGAAGCCACCUCCCUACUCUCCAGUGAAGAUGUCUCGCCCUGAGCCACGGAGAGCACACUCAUGCUCCUCCUCGCCCCUGCUAUUCAACCCAGCCAAUGGUAGACCCCUGACCAGCCCCCUGGAUGAGCUCAACACGCUGUUCAGCUCAGGACGCAGCCUGCUGAGGAAGUCCACCUCUGGCCGCAAGAUGAGGGAUGGAGGAUUCAAUUCUAACAUCAAUCUGCCAGGGAGGGAAGAAUGUGGCUCUGCCCCCACCUCGCCAUCUCUGCAGCUACAGGACAAAAACGCCAACAACCACACACAUCCUCACUCCCCAAGCCCUGCCCCCAUAGAGAAUGGCAACCAGAUCUCCAAUGGCUCGCUGGAGGAUGAGAGUCACAGCAAGUCAAACUCCUCCACCUCCACCUCUCUGCACAGACACAUGGACAGCCAUCACACUCAGGUGUUCCAGCGGUUACGUCUGUCCAACGGGAAUGAGAGUGCCGCCCUUGGGGAGCUUCUGCGAUGGCGGCGAGUGCAGUGUGAGGGGCGGGGUGACUGGAAGCACCGUCCACCUCAGUCGCCACCUCUGCCCCCCACGCUGCUCUGGACCAACAGGAAGGCCUCUCCGUGACAGAAGUUGUGUGAUGCAGUCACAUGUAUUGGCUAUGAAGUUCCUCCCUCUCGUGCUCUUUUUGUUUUUAAAUGUGGACCAAGUAACCUCAGUGCCCAGGGGCUAGGUUACAGCUCCAAGCCCCAAAGCGUGAGCCUCGUCCCUGGGCUGAAGGUCCUGCCUCUGCGCCUUUGACCUCGACUGUGGGAGGAUCCCCCGACCUGUAUGAUAGAAGCUCAGCACUCUGUAACAAGUUUUAUGUAUAUAAAAAUGAUGGAAUGCAGAAACGGUAGAGGUUCACGAGGAACAUUUUUUUGUGAUCAAAGAUUUUAUUAAGAAAAGGAAAGUGAGAUUAUUAUUUAUUUUUAGUUCUGAGACAAAAUGUAUGAUGUCCAUCAAUCAGAGGCUGGCAGUGUUUCCAUAGUAGUCAGAUAUUGAACGGCCCUUUCAGUCUGUCCGUAUACUAACCUAUCAUGUUGUUCUGCUGCACACAAAGGAGCUCCACCCCAAACAUGGUGCUGAUUAUACUUGACGUGCUGCCCUGUGAUGUUCCCAUGAAUGCUUGCGUGUCCGCCCCUGAGUCUCAGACCUCUCUGAAGUUUACAAGUCAACCGACGCCUUCGUACCACCUCCAGUUUUUAGCAUCAGUGUACUGGCUUAGACAUGGGACCUUUUCAGGUACAGCUCUCACUUAGCCUCUCACAUUUGGGCUCUUAAGUGCUACUGUGGCCCUGGCAACGAGCAACCAGGGGUCAGGGUAACCUCAGUAAUAUCCCAAGGUGCACUUCUCUUCCCCAUUGUUACCACCAGCCUUUGAGGGACAAAAACCUCUGGCCAGAAUACAAACUACUGCACUAACCUUUACAAGGAAAAGAGGAUCCAACAGAAAAAGGUUUAAAGGUAAAGCUAAAAUCAAAAAGCUUUAGCUGACAGGAUUAUAGUUCAUGUUGUGAACAUGAACCUCCGUGCCAAAGUGACACAACUUGUGAAAGAUACGUCUAAACUAACAAGCAUAGUUAUAAAAACUGAUGUAUACAGUAGUCCCCUUAUAUGUACAGAUUGACAUAAACGACCAAAUCAUAGCUGUUACUUUGAUUCAGUGGUGAUUUAAUGGACCAUUUCUCAAUAGAUCAGAAGAACAUGGCAAAAAGAAGAAAAAAAAAGUUGAAAAGUAGCGACUUUAACUCUCAUUGUGUCUCAUCAACACCUGAACAGUGUGACGUGUUCGGUGUUGUCCAGGAGACUGUGCAGAGCUCAGGAACUCACGCACAGAUGAACUCAAUUAUUGUACAGAUUCCUCCACCGUGGGUGCGUCCGCACAGACUCCCGUCACCUUUCCACAUGCUCCCUUCAUCUCCUUUCCCCUCUUGACCCAAACAAACAGACCCCCCUCUCCCCCCUCCUGCUCUUUGACCCCUCCCCCCACCUUCCUAAUGGAUCAAACCGGCUCUACGGGUGUUUCCAUGGCAACCACUUUGUAAAUAGUAACCAGUGUUGUAUGUUUUAUCUUUUACUAUAGCAGAGAAGCACAGAACUUGAAUAGAAAGACAAGGAAGAGAUGAGAUAAUACUGUCUAUGAUGGUGAAACUGAGAUUUAAGAAUGUCUUGGGUUAGAUGCAAUGACUGAGGUAAAGAGAAGAGGUUUAUUUUAAAAUGUGAAUAUCUUUUUUUCAGAAUGAUUGUCUAUGGCUAUGAAAUUCUUUAUACUCUAUUUAAUAAUAUUUGUUUUGUCCCCUCUUGACCCUGUUGUUCUGUUCCUAUGAUGCAAGGCAGAUGUUUUUCAUUGUAUAUGGAUGUUUUAUUGCACAAUGUUUAUGUGGUGUCGUGUUGACUUCUGUAAUGGGCUGGGUGUGUCUCGACAAGCUGUUUGAUCUACGGAGAUUGGUCCAGAUUGUUAGAGCCACAAAGUAUCAAUAGCUCUAAUUGAUUUUUCAUUCUCACUGAUCACCCACAAUGUUUCUGAUUGAUUCAGCCUUACGAAUUAGCAGCACCAUCAUAGGAUCAAUCUCAGCUGCUGUCAGUGCGCGAAGGUGCACAGAUAUUCAAGAGGAAUCAGAGGAGAUCACUGAUACUCACAACAGAGACGGCGAAUCAGCUGAGCUGCAUUUUUCGAUUGACUGUGUGACUGAAUCUAUAAAUGCAAAGUUUUCUUUCACUGCCUGAAACCCUGUGUAUCUUAUUACUGGAACAUGCGCCUGUAUCUAAACAGUGUACCUGACUGCUUAAUGUGAUUAUCGUCUUCAGAAGUUAUGUAUGCACUCCUUUUUUUUUUAAGAGCAAGUUAAUAAUGAUGCAGCAUUUCUGAUAAGCUAUUGAUUUGCUCCAUGAUUCACACCUUGUGUGCUGCAAUUGGGGUUGCAUGAGUAGCACUGCAAUGCAGAACUGUGUCAAACAUUUUCAUCAUAGUAUGGUUCAGCUCAUUUACACAAGGAUAUAAACAUAUCUGUGAUCAAACAGAAGAACAAAGAUCGAGCUACUAAACCUUGCCAAUGCCAAUGAACCAGAAUUUAUAGCCUCUGUAUUGGUCCUUCACUAUGAUCAGGGUCCUGGUUAGUCAUGUGCGUUACGGUUUGUGUAUAAUCAUGUUCAAUGGAAUCAUGAAAUGAGGAGAUGGAUUGUUUUUUAUUGUCUCUUAAAGCAUAUAAGUGCUUUUUACCUUGCAUGACCACAUGUUGGACCUGGCCCUUUAUAACGUGCUCAUGCUGAAAAGAUAAAAAAAAAAAAUGGUUGUCCAAUGUGAAGAACUGCUUCCCACUGCACUGUGAAUCACUGCACUGUCCCCUGUCUCCCAUCCAAACACUCGCCACACAUUGACAUCCACCUCUAACUGGACCGAUCCGCACACACAUCGGCUCCAUCACACACAAUCCCCGAUGACCUCGCUCAGUCCGUCGCAAGCAUUACCAAACUCUGGCAGCCAGGUUACGGCCAGUCAUUGUUGUUUGUCAGGAAUCUAAAAAUCCUCUGCUCUGAGAUCAGCUCUCUGGUGCUACAGCCAGUGCAGAAUGGCCAUUUUACUGUCCCCAGUCCAUGUAUAGUUGUCCGGAGAGACACAAUAUUUUAGCACCUAAACAGGGGUAUCUCACUGCCUUUCAUAGUGUUGUUUUUUUUAUGGUAGUCUUUCUUUUGUACAUGACAUACAGUAUAUUUUAACCUGCAUACAUAUGUGUUUGUGAAAAGAAAAAAAGAUUGUAUGUGAUAUUUCAUAAUUAUUAUGUUCCCAAUGUUUUAUAAGUACUGUACCUGUACAGCAAUAAAGCACAAUUGUGUCAA